AUGGAACUCGAAAGUAUACAGCAAUAUAUGAUAGACAAACAAAACGAACUAAAAGAAAAACUGAAACAAUUCAACAAAUGUAGACAAACAUGGAGUAGAAUCGAUUCUGUUUUCAAAACAUUAAGUACAGUUUUAACAGUAGGGAUAACGGUUGCAACAGCCGUAACCGGUUUUACAUCAAAAAAGAAAGCUUAUUAUAAAAAGAAAACAGAAAUGUUAAAUACAUAUCUUAAUAAAUUAUUCAUUUUUUUCGAAAGAUCGAGAGAAGAUAAGAACAUAAUCAUUGAAGAAUUAGAAGAAUUCAAUGAAAUUUUAGAUAAAUUUGAUGUAGAAAUAUCAUCAAUAAAAGUUAAAAAUAGUUGCUUAAAAAAUAUGAAUAAAAUUGGAAUUUUAGACGAUGAAAAAUUCAUAUCAAAUGAACUUUUUUCCAAUGUUAUUAAGCUUAUCACUGAUGAAUUUUUAACAUUUAAAGGGCAAAUUGAAUUAGAUGGAGAGAUAAUUCAAGAUGGAGGACACAAACAAUACAUGCAAUUUGUAGGCUUUAAUGCCAAAACUUUUCGCAAUUUCUUCGCAACAGUGGAUGUAAACUCAGAUGCUUCUGAUUGGUAUUUCACAGGAAAAAUGAUUUUACGUAAAAACAAUUUCAAAGAAAUAAAAAGAUCAAAAAAGGGUAGUGGUGUUACCCUACUCAAAAAGAUAAAUGAAUAUAGCGGUAUAAAUUGUUUUAUACCGAGCGAUAGAUACUGCGUUAAUCGUGUUUUAAACGAAGACUACAAGAGAGAAUUUCAAGAUUUCAUCAACAGUUUUUCAAAACCAAGCAGAAAAGGAGUUAUGACAACUGCUAGAAUCUGUGAAUUCAAUAAAAAAUUUAAUACUAAUUUUCAAAUUUAUAUGCCCAAACAUAGACAUUUUCAACCAAAGAAAGUAUCCGAGGAAUUAGAUUGGGUAUUUUACUUACAUAAAUCACAUUUCUGUCUCAUUAGAAGAAAUAACAAAACCUUAGGCAUUUCAGAAAUAGAAGAUAAUUACGAUGAAAACGUAUGGAGUACUUGUAGAGAUGAUAAUGCGAUAACGCAAGUUUCACCUCUAAAACUAAACGUUUUUCCAACCAUUCACGAUGAUUGUUUAUACGCAUGGGAUUGCGAAACCUAUAACGAAAAUAAAGCCAUACCUUAUUCUUGCACGUUAAUUAAUUUAGAAAAACUAAGAAAAAUGUUAGACAGAAUAAAUAAUCUCUUUCCAGAUUUAAAGCCGACAGAUCCCAUUCCAGAAGAAUUUUAUAAUAAAUUAAUGAAUAUAGUAGAAAUAUUUGUAGGUACAGAUUGUAUCGAUCAAAUGUUACAACGUUUAGGAAAAAUAGAUCAAAAAAGAAUAACAUUAAUUGCUCAUUACGGUAGCGGUUUUGAUAACUGGAUCAUGAUCAAAAACGAAAAAAACUAA